GUUAGCAACCGGGAGACCAAACGCGCGUCGUGUGAACCGAAAGAGUCCAUCCAGUUCUAAAGAAUGUUUGUCCUCAACUUCUUUUUGUCAUGGAAUCUCCGUAUUUCGUUCGUUCUGUCUUGAAAACGGUAGCGUUCCUUCCCCGCGGAUACGUUUUCGUGCGUCUCAUAACGUCAGUGUUUUUGUGAUAAUGUGACUGUGUGUACAUAACCUAUAGUGUUGUUUUUAAAUUAUAAGUGCAGUGGAUUGUGUAAAUAAGACAAUGCCGCAUGUCAGCAGUGGAAGCGGCGGCGACGACCUAGGAAGUACUGAUGAAGUUAAAGUUUUUAAGGAUGAAGGAGAGGUUGAGGAUGAGCAGAGGAACUCGGAAAACCUCACCGAGGAAAAGUCUAGUUUAAUCGAUCUGACCGAAUCAGAGGAAAAGGUUGGGUCAAGUCAAGGAUACUCUUCAAGUAAAAAUGCUUCAAGAUCUGAUCUCAGCCCCGUUUUCGGGAAAUUGGAACCUACUCCGCACACGUCUUCGUUUAACAUGGGCUACCUCGUUUCACCUUUUUAUCCAAAUGGCACCGCAGGCUCGGUACCCGUUUCUAUG